GGCGAGAUCGAACCGCCCCGAUUCCAUCAGGAGGAGGAAGAGGACCCCGAGAAGGUCCUAACCAACACUGCGAACGACCUCGUCAGCCAAGGUUUAAAAGAUGUCAAGAUACAGAAGAUCGGGAGCUUCAAGGCGCCGCAGGGCAUGGGCAACAUGCCCGCGGAUCUCACCAAAAGUGGUCGAGAACUGCUGCGGGGAAUCCCUCUUCGCAGGACGCUGCAGCACGGAGGCAAGUUGUGGAGGUACAAGCCGACGGACCUAGACCUGCUAGAACGCGAGAAGCUGUACUCCUACUCCCAAGAAGUUCCAGAACUGGACAUGUUCAUCUCGCACACAUGGUCGACGCCCGGACGGUGGAAGUUCGUUUCCUUGCUCCUGAGAUUCGGUUGGCGGCCCAUGCUUACCGCUUGGGCCAUCGGCACCUUCACCACUGCAGCCCUGUGCCUGAUGGGUGUUUUGCCAUUGUCAUACAGAGUCGAUGCUGUGGUAAUUGGAGAUGGCUCUCCGGUGAACGUGGGCACCUGGCUCAUUUCGGCCGGCUUCGUCUCGUCCAUGAUCGGCUUGAUCGUGUCUCCAUAUCUACCUUCCCGAAGGUCAGAUAUGGCCUUCGUCGACUGCACCUGCGUACAUCAAGUUGACCAGGUCCUAAUGCAGCAAGGCAUCAACAACAUCGGAGGAUUUCUCGCUGCAUCAAAGGAGCUUCGCGUACUGUGGAGCUCCACCUACCUGUCGAGGCUGUGGUGUGUCUUCGAAUUGGCAGCCUACCGCAAAGUGAACCCCACCGGGAAGAUUACCCUCUCACCUCUGUUCAUCGAACGCAUCACCCUUCAGAUUUUCCUUUGGCUGGAGGCUUUGACAUCUGGGUUUUGGUAUUCCAGGCUCGUUGGAUCGGGUCGCAUGGAACUGUCUGGCUUCGUGCUCUUCGCACUGCUGGUCAUGGGUUGCCUUGCAAUUCCCUUGAUACACUCAUUGCGGCACAGCUACCUUUCGAAAAAGAUCCUGAUUUCCAGCCUGGACACUUUCGAUGUGAGAAAUGUGGAGUGCCUCGUUGACUCUGACAGAGUACGGAUCCAUGCAGCCAUUGUGAGUUGGUAUGGCAGCUUAGACGCCUUCUCCGAGUAUGUGCGCGGCCCGUUCCGUGAGGACGUCCUUGGUCCUCUGCGCACCCCCGGCAGCAUCCCCUUCGGCUAUAUCUGCGUUUUGGCCACGCCGCUCAUCAGUCUUUGCCUAGAGGGGCUGCUUGCCUUGCUGACGAACGAGGGUGUGCCUGCGCAGAAUAUCCUCGCAUACAGCUUGAGCACGGUCCUGGCCUUGCCUGUGUUCUGGGUACCUGCUUUGUUGGUUUUGCUGGUCUUCGUCUGUGAGCGCUGCGCGACACGAAGACCGAGCAGGUGGCAGCACUACCUCCUUACCAUGGUGAUCGUCCUGAUGGCGUGGUUUACAUUCAUGCUCGGGUCUCUCUGCGCCAUUGGGUCCAGCCAACACAGCAUCGAGAUGGUCUUGGUGUGGACGGCUGCAUCGGUUCUGUUCUCUUGCUGUACCUGGCGCUACUGCUGGAAAUGGAAGAGGGUCGGCCAUGCGGACACUUCAGAGUGA